CUUGUUGCGUGGAUUAGCGAGUGUUGGUCAUGUCUGCAGACGAGGAUGUUGCUGUUCGCUACGAGUUUGCGGUCCAGAUGACGUGUGGUGCAUGUGUCCAAGCUGUGACAAAGGCGCUGGAGAAGGUGGACGGCAUCCAGGAGUCCGAGAUCGAUCUUGAGGGCCAGGGUGUGACCGUUGUGGCCACUGCUCGCCUGCUCGACCUCCUUGCCGCGCUCGAGUCAACCGGUAUGAAGACUGUGGUGCUGGGCAUGGGCGGGACCAAGGGCAAUCUCGGCGCCGCGGUCGCCAUUCUCAAGUCAGACGACCCGAACGUUCACGGCGUGGUCCGGUUUAUUCAGCUCGCUGAGAAGGCAUGCCUCAUCGAUGCCACCGUGGCUGGCCUCACCCCGGGCAAGCACGGCUUCCACAUCCACGAGUUUGGCGACUGGUCCAACGGCUGCAUCAACACCGGCGGGCACUACAACCCGGGCGGGAACGACCACGGCGGGCCCGAUGAUGACAACCGCCACGCAGGUGACCUCGGAAACAUUGAAGCCGGCGCCGAUGGCGUCGCCGUCUUCCGCACCGUUGACAGAGUCCUCAAUGUGUGGGACAUCAUCGGCCGUGGUAUCGUGGUCCACGCCGGCGAGGACGACCUCGGCCGCGGCGGCGUGCCCGAGUCCAAGACCACUGGCAACGCCGGCGGCCGCGUCGCGUGCGGCACCAUCGCUCGCUCUGCCGGCGUAUUCGAGAACACAAAGCGCAUCUGCAAGUGCAACGGGACCACCAUCUGGGAGGAGGAUGACCUGCGCUUUGCCUGACCAUGCACGAGCCGAUGUGCUGCUGUGUCUGUUUGUUUGCAGAGGCGUAAAGAACGGCUACUCGUAUCCUG